CGUGGAUGACAAAAAAAAACUAUAAAAAUAUCACGACCAAUAAUCCCACUUUGAUUGUCUUCUCAGUUAACUUUGUUGUUGUUGUUGAUAAGAUUCUUGUUUUUUUUUGUUUUUAAGUUUAAUAGUAGUAUUACUUUUUGUUUCUAUUUUUGUUCAAAACAAAUAUAGAAUGAAAAAAACAGGUAGCAGUGUGUAUUUGGUGUUACUUGCUGUUCACAUAGUGGUGACAAAUUCAGCGCCAGAAAGUGCCAUUGUGACACAAAUUCCAGGUUUCAGUGGAACAAUACCUUCCAAGAAUUAUGCUGGCUAUGUAACUUUGGAUGAAAAAAACUUGUAUUACUAUUUUGUUGAGUCACAAGGUCAACCUUCUCAGGAUCCUGUUGUUCUUUGGCUCAAUGGUGGACCUGGUGGCUCUAGCUUUGAUGGCUUCGUCUAUGAACAUGGUCCUUUCAAUUUUGAAGCAGCAAAGACUAAGGGAAACCUGCCAACUCUGCAUCUCAAUCCAUACAGCUGGACCAAGGUUUCUAGUAUUAUAUAUUUGGAAUCUCCGGUUGGCGUUGGCUUUUCUUAUUCUAACAAUGAAACUGAUUAUGUAACCGGAGACAUAAAGAAUGCGUUAGAUUCACAUGCCUUUCUCCUUAAGUGGUUUGAACUAUAUCCCGAGUUCCUUUCCAAUCCUUUCUUCAUUGCUGGAGAGUCAUAUGCCGGAGUUUAUGUGCCUACUAUUGCCUAUGAAGUAGUGAAAGGAAUUGAUGCGGAUGUGAAGCCCAGACUGAAUUUUAAGGGUUACAUGGUUGGAAAUGGUGUUACGGAUGAACAAAUUGAUGGCAAUGCUCUUGUUCCAUUUGUACAUGGGAUGGGCUUUAUUACAGAUGAAUUGUUUGAGGAGGCUAACCGCGAGUGUGAUGGGAAUUUCUAUAAUCCGAUCGGUGAAAAUUGUACAAAGAAGCUUGCAAAAAUUGAUGAGGACAUUGCUGGUUUGAACAUGUAUAACAUUCUAGAACCAUGCUAUCAUGGCACAGAGACAGACAAGGUUAUCACUACUUAUGCUAAGCUUCCGUCUAGUUUCCGGAAGUUAGGUGAGACUGAGAAACCUCAUCUUGUGAGGAAAAGAAUGUUCGGUCGUGCUUGGCCCCUAAGAGCCCCUGUCAGAGACGGAAUCUUACCUUCUUGGUCGAAACUUACCAAUAGCAUCCAUGUUCCAUGUUUAGAUCUCAGCGUUGCAGACGUUUGGUUGAACAAUGAAGAAGUCAGGAAAGCAAUUCACACUACAGAGAAAAGUGUGGUCAGUCGUUGGGAAUUUGUUUCGGACAUAAUUUCCUACGAUCAUGAUGCCGGAAGCAUGAUUAAGUACCACAAGAACCUAACUUCCAGAGGAUACCGAGCUCUUAUAUUCAGCGGUGAUCAUGACAUGUGUGUUCCAUAUACGGGGACUCACGCAUGGACGAGAUCAAUGGGAUACAAGAUUGUUGAUGAAUGGAGGCCUUGGUUAGUCAAUGGUCAAGUUGCUGGGUAUACUCAAGGAUAUGACAACAAUCUUACUUUUCUGACCAUAAAGGGAGCUGGGCAUACUGUUCCAGAAUAUAAGCCACAAGAAGCAUUGGAAUUUUACAAACGUUUUCUUGCUGGAUUGCCAAUAUGAGAAAGAGAUAGUAAUGCUGCUAUGGAUUUUCGAUGAAUUUUAUGAGUCUGUGGGUUUAUAUAAGAUGUUAUAUUUUUAUAUGAUAUGUGUACGCAGAAGGAUCAACCUAAUUGAGAUGUUAAUGUAAUUGAAACUUGAA